UAGGCCAUCAGAAAUGACGCAAUCUAAUCACCAACUACCAAGAAAUGCAAGUACACGGACAUGCUUUGCUACAAGAUAGAAAAAGAUGCCGCUAUGUGGAAUGAGAGAAACAAGAAGCCGUGUUUCAACUGUGAAAGCACUGAAAGGUACCAAUCAUAAGUGGAAUCUUUCUCAUUUUUGUGACUUCUUGUAGAACACAAAAGAGACAUCUAAAAAUUUAUUCCCAAACUGCCUAUAAAACUAUCAGCGCUCUUAAUACUAAUAUAAACACUGAUAUCUGUUGACAUUGCUGCUCACAAGCUUCCCUUUAAAUUCUCCUUGUUUCCUCCCUCUCCCUCUCUCUCUCUCUCUCUCUCUCUCCACAAAUAUUACGCAGCAAAAUGUCACCACCAACAUUUAGGAAAAACAACUUAACAGUCAAGUUUCUCAUAGUCAUGCUCUUGACCUGUAUAAUGAACAGAAACAACCUUUGUCAUAACCACCCUUUUGUCACCUCAACAAUUUCUUCUCAUUCAGGAUCCCCAAACAUUCCUGCAUCACUGGAAAAACUUAGACUUGAUGGGUGUCUAAGCUCCAAGAAUAUUGCCCAUGCAUCAAAUGACUUUGGCAAUAUUUAUCAUCACCUGCCAUCAGCAGUUCUAUAUCCUAAAUCAGUUUCUGAUAUCUCCUCUACUAUCAAGCAUAUUUUCGACAUGGGCUCCACGUCGGACCUCACGGUCGCGGCCAGAGGCCAUGCCCAUUCCCUCCAAGGCCAAGCCCAAGCCCAUCAAGGGGUGGUCAUCAACAUGGAAUCACUUAAACAAGAAAUGUAUUUCCACAAAGGGGAAUUCCCUUAUGUGGAUGUUUCUGGUGGAGAGCUAUGGAUAAAUAUACUACAUGAGAGCCUUAAACAUGGGCUUGCACCAAAAUCAUGGACAGAUUACCUGCAUCUCACUGUGGGAGGAACUUUAUCGAAUGCUGGAGUCAGUGGACAGGCAUUCCGCCAUGGCCCACAGAUAAACAACGUGUAUCGUCUGGAAGUUGUCACAGGAAGGGGAGAGUUGAUUACCUGUUCAGAAAGUCAAAAUGCGGACCUCUUCUAUGGUGUUCUUGGAGGACUGGGACAAUUUGGUAUCAUCACCCGGGCUAGAAUUUCUCUGGAACCUGCACCCUUGAUGGUAAAAUGGAUUAGAGUACUUUACUCGGAUUUUUCCACCUUCACAAAGGACCAAGAGCAUUUGAUAUCAUCGGAGGAUACUUUUGAUUACUUAGAAGGAUUAGUGAUAAAAAACAGAACAGGUCUUCUUAAUAACUGGAGAUCUUCCUUCAAUCCCAAAGAUCCAGUUCAAGCAAGUCAGUUUAACUCAGAUGGAAAAACUCUCUUUUGCCUAGAAAUAGGCAAGUACUUCAACCCAGAGGAGACUGUGAAAGUAAACCAGAAAAUCAAUAGAUUGUUGUCAGACUUGAGCUAUAUUCAGUCCACCUUAUUCCUUUCGGAAGUCUCCUAUGCAGAAUUCCUAGACAGAGUCCACACAUCAGAGUUGAAACUACGGGAGAAGGGAUUGUGGGACGUCCAUCACCCGUGGCUAAAUCUUCAAAUUCCGAAAAGCAGAAUUCACGAAUUUGCUGAAGUAGUAUUUGGUAAAAUUCUUACAGAUUCCAGCACUGGUCCUAUACUCAUCUACCCAGUUAACAAAUCCAAGUGGAACAACAAAACAUCCAUGGUUACACCAGAUGAAGAAAUUUUCUACCUAGUAGCUUUCCUAUCCUCCGCAAUCCCAUAUUCAACAGGAAAAGAUGGGUUAGCACACAUUCUAAACCAAAACAAAAGAAUCGUAGAUUUCUGCGAAACAGCACUUCUUGAGGUGAAGCAAUAUGUUCCCCAUUACACCACUCAAGAGGCGUGGCGGACCCACUUUGGGCCUCAAUGGGAUGUUUUUGUAAGGAGGAAAUCCCAAUAUGACCCUUUAGCAAUCCUAGCUCCCGGCCAGAGAAUUUUCCAGAAAGCAAGAGCCUUUUCAUGACAAUAGCCUCUAUAAUAAGCCUCAGCGACUGUCAAAACAAAAGCCAUGAUAUGCUUAAACCUAAAUUAACUUUUGCUCUCUCACAAAACUAGAGGGAGCAUGCUGCAAAUAAAUUUUUCGGUGCUUUCAUUUGGGUUUCCCGACAAUAGCAAGUAAAUAGGACCAUUAGCAAGGACUCUGUGCUAUUAACAUUUUUCUUGAUGUCAAGAUGUAAUUUCAGUUGUCCCAUGCGAAUACAAGUUUUUAUAACUCCAAAUAGCUACAGUAAAAAUGAUAACACAUCUAUGCACAAGGAAAGAUAUGAUCGAUUCCAUUUAGAAACAAAAUAACUGGUAACAUACAGAGGGAGUUCUUCCAGUUGAAACAAAUCGGAACUUCACACUAUUCACAUGACUCGGAAUCUAAGAAACCAACACAUACUAAAAGGGUUGAUCACAAGAACUCCAUGUGGUACUAACAGAAUUGGUCUCACUUAGUAGCUGCUGUCCAUCCCAGACCUGGUCUGCAGAUUUCUUCCUGUGGAUCCUCAUACUCUCUAGCAUCACGAAGAGAAGCUUCAAAAUCUGUUGAGUCACUUGCAACAGGAAGAAAACUGCUUAUGUCAUCUCUAGCUCCAAACCCUCCGGCACGUAUAAUGUCAUCAGAUGAUAUGGAAGCCUCCAUAUUUACUUCGCCAGAGGCAUCCAAACCAGCCUUAACCUCAUGUGAGACAUUGUCCCCGCUUUCCAAAUCACCAGUGUUAGUUUGUGCCAUGUCUUCUAGAGGACCUAUGUGUUGUUUGGGAUCAUCCUUUAUAUUCGCCUCAGUUUCAGCUGAUUCAACUAAUUUUUUUCCUCUGCCGGUCUCCUUAUCUGCUACAUUCAAAGUUUAAAACAGUUUCAAUACAAGGAAGAAUCCCAGCAUGGGCCGCAUGGCUGCGUGAGGUAACAUUGAAGUUCUAUCUUCUGCAAUAAUAUGGGAAUUACCCCCUUCCGCUGGAAUCUAUGAAGAUUUUGUUUUAGCAAGAACUUAGACAAAUAUAAGACCAUUAACUCUCGCUUCAUUAUUGACUCCAUUUAUUCAAGGAGUUAGUUCAGUACGCAAAAAGAGGGAUUGAAGGGAAACCAUCACUGAACUCAACUGAGGAAAAAGGCCAAAAUAGCAUGCGAACAUGCUCAAACUUCUUUAAAUUGCUUGAAACGGCAAAAAACAAGGUGCUUGACAAUAUGAGAUAAACCAUCAUUGGUAUAACUAUAGAACUUGAAAUAUAACUAUUCGUGCUAUUGUUCUGUUAGUGUUUUGAAAGGAAGAAACAAGACUUGAUAAUUACAUGGAGGCAGGCAACAUUCAAACACUGUCCACUACAUUGAAAUGCUCACCAUGGACAAAGAAUUCUCAUCCCGUUUGGCAAUUUCAAUUUUUCGUCGAAUAGUUUCGAAUUAAGAUGCACAACAUCCUAUGAGUAUUGUACCUCCUCCAUUGAGCCACCAAACUAGUACAUAAAAACAAUCGAGUUGGUAAGAAAGACAAAAAAAAAUUCUUUCUUACACCUUUUGAAAGGAUUCAGACUUCCAGAAAAGAACACCUCGAAUACCAAAAACUGACCCAAUUUUGAUAAAGAAUUUAAUUCAGUAAAUUGGGAAGACCUUUGAUUUAUAUACCUUUACAUAUCUUCAACAUCAGCAUUCCCAAACAGGAGGUGACUUUUUGUUUGUCUCAAGCGUCUGCGGCUUUACAACUAUCUCC